AUGGCUGCUCCCCAGGCCAAACCGGCUACUAGCCAUGUCGAGGGCCCAGAGGCCCUCGACCUGGACCCAAAGGCCGUCACUACAGACCUCAUCCACACGGUGCGCGUCCCUUUAACAGAGGAUGACAAUAAGGCCAUCCGCCGCAAGACGGACAAGCGCAUCCUCACCAUCCUGAUCUGGGUCUACUUUCUCCAGAUCCUUGACAAGACCGUGCUCGGCUACGGCGCCACAUUUGGCCUCAAGCAAGACGCACAUUUGACCGGCAACCAGUACUCCCUAGUCGGCUCUAUCGCCCCUAUCGCCCAGUUGGCCUGGCAGCCCUUCUCGUCGUUCCUGAUCGUGAAAGUGCCCCAUCGUAUCUUGAUGCCUGCUCUGGUCUUUGGUUGGGGCGUUGCGCAGGCGUGCAUGGCUGCCUGCCACAGCUUCGGCGGGCUGAUGGCGACCCGGUUCCUGCUCGGCCUGUUCGAGGCCGGAUGCCUGCCGCUGUUCAGUAUCAUCACGAGCCGCUGGUACCGUCGUGCUGAGCAACCGCUUCGAGUUGCGGCAUGGUACAGCACGAAUGGAGUCGCGACAACGGUUGCGGCGGCGCUCUCAUUUGGACUAGGUCAUAUCAGGUCGGAUGUGCUUGCUGAGUGGCAGAUUAUCUUCCUUUUUGUCGGCCUGGUUACUGUCCUCUCCGCCCCAUUUAUCUACGUCUUCCUAGACAACGACAUACCAUCCGCACGCUUCCUCAAUGAGACUGAGAAGCUCCAGGCCAUGGAGCGGCUCCGCGCCAACCAAACCGGCACCGGCUCUCGCGAGUUCAAGAUGCACCAGGUCGUCGAAGCAGGGCUCGAACUCAAGACUUACCUCUGGGUCGCCAUGGCGCUCUUGCUCAACAUCGGUGCGGGUGUCACCAACGUCUUUGGUCCAUUGAUCCUCAGCGGGCUGGGUUUCGACAAAUACAAGACCACGCUGCUGAAUAUGCCAUUCGGCGCGUUUCAAUGGAUAUUCAUCCUGCUGGCCAGCUAUCUCGCACAGAAAGCGCGGCUAAAAAGCGUUGUUCUUGCGCUGUUUAUGCUCCCCGUUGUCGCAGGACUUGGAGUUCUCUACGCCGUGCCACGCGAUGACUCGGCACAGGGAGCCCUCAUGGCAGGGUACUACCUGCUUGCCUUCCUCUUCGGCGGGAACCCGAUCAUCAUUGCGUGGGUUGUGGGAAACACCGCCGGUAUGACCAAGCAAAGUAUAGUCACGAGUCUAUACCAGGCUGCCUCGGCUGGUGGAAACAUCGUGGGUCCGCUGCUCUUCAACGACAAGGACUCGCCAGAGUAUCUCCCGGGCCUGCAGGCCUGUUUAGGUAUCUUUUCGGCCUUGGUUGCUGUCGUAGGAAUGCAGUGGCUGCUGCUGUUCUGGAUGAAUAAAGGCCAGGAACGGCGGCGUCUGGCAAAUGGGAAGCCCGCAAAAAUGGUGGACCGCUCGAUGCAUGGGAACUUUCACCAGGCGGAUUCGGAUGAGAGCGCGGUGGGUGCGGGUGAGGAUGGUCAGGACCAGCAGACUGGGAAUAAUGCGUUCUUGGAUUUGACAGACCGGGAGAACGAUGAGUUUGUGUAUAUUUACUAA